AUGGCGAGCCCAGCAAGGAACCCGCUCCGCGCACGGUCUUCGGACGCUGAUCAGGCGUCAGAACAUUACCAAUUACACCAGUGUCCCAAACUCUGUUUUGGAAAACUCCCACUUUGUUUAGCGCAAACCGCAAACAGCUCGACGAUCUUUCAUUAUCUUUACAUUAUCUCCUCUGUUAUGGCAUAUUUUGGCGCAUACGACGGCGCCGCGGACGGCCGUGGCCAUGGCCGGACAAGGCUUCAGCUCGGUAUUCACCAAUCCGAUAGCGUUAUGGGGUUCAAAGCUCAAUCGUGGAUAUUACAUCAGGGCCAGUUGCGAGCUUCAAACACCAGUAGCGCUACGCAGACGCUCCCUGCACUGCCACAAGGGCCCAGCCGCAGCAAACCUGGCGCUGAAACCAGCCCCAGCCGAGCAGCGACCAUCCCCGGCGAAACCAGUAACGGCUAUGCCACAAACAGCCAUAAUAGCAGCAGCGCCAGCGGCGGUGCUACUGGCCACGACCGCAACCCUGGGCCCACCAUCGCCACUGAUGUGGCGGCAGGCUCCGAAACCCCUCCUUCACCGCCUCGCACCGUCCGUCUGCAUUUCCUGGUACCCUCCUUCGCAUCCCAGCCGGGUCAGCAGUUGGUGGUUGUCGGCAGUUGCGAGCGGUUAGGGCGGUGGCAGCCCGGCAAGGGGUUAGCUCUUCAGUGGGGCGAGGGCCACCGGUGGAGCGGGGAGGUGGUACUGGAGGUGCAGCAGGCACAUGGUACGGAGUUCAAGGUGUUGAUGGUGGACAGCCGCACCAACACGGUCAUGUGGGAGCCGGGGCGGAACCGGGUGCUCCAGCUGGUGUUGUGUGAGUGGGGCCACGAGCUGAGCCACAUAGAGGCCCCACCUCCAGGGCCAGCCCCGAGUAAAGGCACCACCAGCCUUGGCGCAGCCACCACUACCACUACCGCCACCAGCUCCUCCCCUUCGUCCUCCGCCGGCGCCGGUAGCGGUCUCCGUGUCCGUGUGCAGGUGGUGGUUCCCUUGUUCGUUGGGGGCCCAGGUCAGCGGCUGGUGGUGGUGGGCAGUCUUCCCGAGCUGGGUGGCUGGGAAGUGGGUCGGGGUGUAGAGCUGAGCUGCUCCCCCGGCCACAUCUGGCGGGGGGAGGUGGAGCUGCCGCUGGGGACCAUGAUGGAGGUCAAGCUGGUGGUCCUAGGUCCGGGGCCUGGAGAUCAGCGCUGGGAGGCAGGACCCAACCGCACCCUCACACUGCAAGUACCGCCGCCGGAGGACAUCCUACCGCCGCCGCCAUCAUCAGCGCAGCCUCCGCCGCAUCCGUCAGCCCCGUCCGCCGCCGUACCAAGGCCCCCGGCUCGCGGUGUAGCAGGCCACUACGUUCUGCUCCUCCACUGGGGCAUCACCGGCUGCUCUCAACCCCUCUACAGACCCGACCUGCCAGUGGAGGUGAACGGCAAUGCGGCGGCAGCGGCUCCGCCGCUGCCGCCGCCUGAUGGCUGUGGCUGCGACGGUGACGCCGCCGCUGGUGCCAGCCUGAGCGAUCGUCAGGUUCUUUCGCUCGUCCAUUUUACCGUACCCCAGUUCGUUACCCUGCCAGGUCAGCACCUGGUGUUGGUUGGCAGUGUCCCCGCUAUGGGCGGUUGGAAUCCGUCCAGCGGCGUGGAGCUCAAGUGGGGCCCGGGGCACUGCUGGAGUGCGGAGCUGCUGCUGCCGGUACAGCAGGACGUAGAGGCCAAGGUGGUUUACUACGACAACGGCCGCUACAGCUGGGAGCCGGGACCGAACCGCUCCCUGCAGCUGUCCCGGGUGCUAGCGGGCUGUAGCGCCGUGGCAGAGCCGCUGUUCACGUGCUACUGGGGCCACACACCCACAACACCGAUUUCCGAGAGGUACCUGGCCAAUGCCAGGGGUGGCGCCUCAGUCAUAGUGGUGCGCAUGCUGCGCCCCGUGGUGGUUGUGCCCAGGCCUUACCCCCGGGAUCUGCCUCCGGAGCUACAGCAGCUGGAAGGGGAGGUGGUGAUGGAGGUUCCGGAGCAGCAGCAGCAGCACACACCAACCGUGACGUCGGAAGUCGUCGUACUGGGCGAGGAGGCGAACGAUCGCUCUCCGGCUGGCGACCACCCGCUGCUGCAGUUCCUUGUCUUCAUGAUGAGCACAUUCAUGCACGACACAAACCCCCAGGUAGAGCAUGACCAGGUGGAUGAGGAGGUGGACAAGGAUGUGGUGGAUGUGGCGGCUGUGGCGGCUGGCCCCUACUUCGCCCAGUGGGAGGCAGCUCGUAAGGCCCUGAGGGCAGCUAAGUUCAGAAACACCAAGCUAGCCUGGGAGCUGGCGGAGACCAGGAGGCAGUUCCAGGCCAGGUUGGCGGAGCUGUCGCAAAUCACCGAGCAGUCGGAUCUCGCAGCCGCCGGGGCCGCGGCGCCGGGGCCGCCCGGUCAUGACGGCAACCUCUCGUCGUCUGCUGGCGGAGCCGAGGGCGAGGCCCGGAUGCUGGUGCCGCCUGCGCCUGCGCUUCUUGAUAUGGGGCCGCAGGCCCUCUCCGCGGCGGUGUCCGCCCUGGUGGGCCGAGUGGCCCCCCUGGAGCUCCAGAGCCUGAGGGAGCUGCUGAGAGCCGUACAGGCGGCGGAGGGGGAGCUGGCGGCCAGGGCGAGACAGAUGGGCCCUGUGCCCUCGACCGCGGAGAAGCGCGAGUUGAUGGACAGGGAGAUGGUAGUGGUGGAGGCCCGGGAUGAGCUCCGGAACCGUCUGGCGCGCUUGGUGGCUACCGGCGGCCCGGCAGUGGCGGCGGCGGUGCGCAGAGCUGCCGCUGCCGAUGGCGGCGCCGCCGCCACUACCACCACCACGGCGGCGGCGGCGGCGGAAACAGCGGCGGCAGGGUCUCCGUCUUCGCGCCAGGUCGAUGUGGAUGCGGCCUCCUCCUCCUCUGCGGCGGCGGCGGCGGCUGUCAGCGCCUUGAGGAGUGCAAUGGAGGCGGCUCGGGAGCAGCACCGGGUAGAGAUGGCGGCGGCACAGCAGGCGGGGCCGGCCGAGGUGGCGCAUUUGGAGGGGCAGCUAGAGGCGCUGCGGCAACAGCACACCGAGGCGGCGGAGGCGGCGGCGCUAGCCACCGCAGUCGCGGCUGACAGUAACGCCGCCGCAGAGGCGCUGAUUCGAGACCUGCGCAGCGCCGUACAGUCCGCUGACGCCGGUGCCACGGCUGCCGAGGCGGCGGCGGCAGCGGCACGGUCGGGCUUCCGUACGCGCGAGGCUGAGCUGUUGCGGCAGCUGGAGGAGCUACGGCGGCAGUUGGCGGAGGCGGUUUCGGAGCGCCGCGGCAGCGGCGGCGAUGCCGACGCCGCAAAGGCGGCGGAGGACAGCGUAGCUCGCCUGCGUGCGGAAUCGUAUGCGCGCCAUCAGGCCCAGCAGGCAGCUAAGCGGGCCGCGAGUGAGGCGGAGGCACGUGCGGAGGCGGCGGAACGGCACCAACGGGAGCUGGAGGAGAUGCGGGAAUCCGCUCAGCGGCAGUUGGAGGUCCUCAGACUGGCGAUGGAGGCCCAGAGGGCGGCGGACGCGGCGGCGCUGGCGUCCCUGGAGCAGGCGGCAGCAGCGAGGGAGGCGGAGCUGGCCGCCAAGCUGCAGGAGGCUCAUGUGCAGCAGGAGGCCCUGAAGGCCGCCGCCGCCACGCAGCGCUCCGAAACUGAGGCGGCGCUAGGCGGUCUGGCCGCCCGAGUGGCGCAGCGCGAGGCGGAGUUGUCGGAGCUGAGCUGUCAACUGGAGGCGACCCGUGGGUCGGUGCAGGCGGCCAGGGAGGCAGGCGCCGCGCUGGGCCGAGGCAUCGAAGACCUGGCAUGGGAGCUGAGCGCGGCGCUGACGGCGGCGGCAUCCACCGGGGAGCACCGACGAGAGCGGGAGGGGGCCGGUGGGGGGGUCGAUGCGCAGGCCGAGGCGGAGCUUCGUGCGGAAAUUGAGGGCCUUAUGUCCCAUGCUGCCUCCCUGGAGCACCAGUUGGCGGAGGCCCGCCAGCAGUACAACACGGACCUGCUGGCGGCUGAGCAGCUGGCGGUGGAGGCACGUGAGGCGGCGCUGGCGGCGGCUCGACGGGACUUCGAGUCGCGCUGUGCCGCUAUGCGGGCGGCGCACGAGGCCGAGCUGGAGGCAGCGAGGCGGCGGGAGGAGGACUUACACGCGGCGUUGCAGGAGCUGAGUUCUCAGAUGGAGGCGGUCGCCCGGGAGCGGGAGCUGGCGCUGAGGCAGAGACUGGAGGGGGAUUUGGCCCGGGCGGCGGCGGCGUACGACCAGGUGUCGACGGCGCUGGCGGAGCAGCAGCUGGCGGCGGCGGUGGCGGCGGCGGCGAGCGAGGAGGGGCGGCAGGCGGCAGCGGCGGCGGCGGACGCGGCGAGGGCCGCGUACGAGGAGAUGGCGGCGCGGCAACAGGUCAUGGCGGAGGAGCAGCUACGCCGGGAGCUGGCGGCGCUGGCGGCCAGCCACUCGGCGGAGGUGGCGGCCCUGCAGGCGCAGCACGCGCAGCAGCUGGCCGAGCGGGCGGCGGCCGUGGAGGAGGUGGCGGAGGCGCUGGGGGCCGAGAUGGCGGAGCUGAGGGGGGAGCUGGAGCGCCGUGGGGAAAUGUACUCGGCCCUGCUUGCGGAUGAGCGGCAGGUGGCGGCGGCGGCGGCGGCCGCUGAAGAGCGGGUUUCGGAGCUGGAGCAGCGGCUGGCCCUCACAGAGGACCGCCACCGCCAGGAGCUCGGGGAGCUAAGGGUCCAGCUGGAUAAAGCAGCGGCGGCUUCGGAGCUGCUGGCGGCGAGGGCGCCUGUUGAGGAGGAGGAGCCGGCAAAGACGGCAGCGGCGGCGGCAGCGGCUGAACUGGUGGGUGCUGGAAUGGAGGCGUCCGCCGCCGUCGCAUUGGCGGCUCAGGUAGCGGAGAGCGCGGCAGUACUGCAGCAGCAGCUACAGCUGGCGGAGGCGCGGCAGCAGCAGCUGGCGGAGGCGGAGGCGCAGCAACGCGCGCUGGAGGUGCGGCUCGCGGAAGCGACGGGUGGGCUGGCGGAGGCGCGGCACGAGUACGAACGCCAGCUGGCGGAGGCGGAGGCGGUGCUGGGUGAGGCACGGCGGCGGUUUGAGGCGCGGCUUGAAGAGCAACAGCUGCGGGUGGUGGAGGAGGUGGCGGCCCGGAAGAGAGACCUGGAGCUUCAGGAGGCGGCAUUACAGGACGAGCAUGUGGCCCUCGCGGCCCGCUUCCAGUCCCAGUUGGAGUCCGCUUUGCUGUCUCAUAAGGCCCGGGAGGAGGAGCUGGCGGGGGAGCACCGGAGGCAGGUGACGGAGGUGGAGGAGGAGUUCAGGGGGAGAAUGAAGGACCUCACGUCGCAGCUGGACGCGGCCCAGAAACAGCUGCAAGAAGCGGAGGAGAGGGAAAAACAGGCCCUGGGGGAGUUGGCGGCACUGAGGCAGGUAACGGAGCGAAAGCGGAGGGAAGCUGCGGCUAGCGAAGCGAGGCGGCAGUCGGAACUGGAGGCGCUGCGUCAUAACGUACAGGCGCAGCAGCUGGAGGACGAGCAGGUGUGUACGGCAGCGGAGGAGAUGGAGCCGCAGGAGCAGUGGCAGCGACAGCAGCAGACGCUGGAGGGGCUGCAGGCGCAGGUGGCGGCUCUCCAGCGGCGGCUAUCCGAGGAGGAGGCGGCCCACAGCGCCAAGAUGGCGGCACUGGCGGGCAGCCACAUGGCGGCAUUGGAGAGCCGCAGGGCGCAACACAGACGGGAGAUGCAGGAGCUGAGAGUGGCUGCCGCGAUCUCCAUGGCCCAAAUGGAGGCGGCUGCGGAGGCCCAUGCCGCGGAGAUGCAGGAGGUGGGGAAGGUGGGCGGGGAGGCGCUUUCGGAGCUGCGGGAGGAGCUGGCGCAGCAGUUGCAGGACGAGCAUGUGGCCGUCGCGGCCCGCUUCCAGUCCCAGUUGGAGUCCGCUUUGCUGUCUCAUAAGGCCCGGGAGGAGGAGCUGGCGGGGGAGCACCGGAGGCAGGUGACGGAGGUGGAGGAGGAGUUCAGGGGGAGAAUGAAGGACCUCACGUCGCAGCUGGACGCGGCCCAGAAACAGCUGCAAGAAGCGGAGGAGAGGGAAAAACAGGGGUUGGAGUCUGAGGAAGCAGCGCUGGCUCAUCCGCUUGCGGAGUCCGAGGCCCGGGUGGCGGCUGUGAGGGCCGCAAUCGCGACUUGGAAGGCGCAGGUGGAGGAGUUACGGGGCCUGAUGGCAGAGGCCACCUCCGCGCACGCCGCCCAUACAGCCCUCAUUUCGGGUCGGGCUGCUGAGGCGCUGGCGGAGCUGCGGGCCACACACAGCCGGGAGCUGCAGGCGAGCAGAACAAGGGGGGACGGGGGGGGGGGAAAGGGAGUCUUAUGUAUAUCUGUAUGCAUGUGCACAUAUGCGGGAAUACGGCAGGUGGCAGCGGAGGCUCUGGCGGCGGUGGAGGCGCGGGCGGAGGCGGCGGCGCGGGCACAGGCGGCUGAGGUGGGGGCGGUGGAGCGAGCUGGUGGGGAGGUGGUUUCGGAGCUGAAGGCCCAGCUGUGGGCGGCACAGCGAGCAGCGGACGAGGCGCGGCGGGCCAAGGACGCAUCUCUCGCUGUGGCGGCUGCGGAUCGUGAGGUCGGUGCUGCGGCCGUGGGGGAGCUGCAAGCCCGACUGGACGCCUCCUUGGCGGCUGUGUCAUACCUGGCCUGGCUGCUGGGGGCUGCGCAGACGGGCUACAGUACGGAGCUGGCUAAGGCGGAGUCCCGGGCGGUGGAGCUGACGAGAGCGCACCUGGUGGGGCUCUGGACCUGGACUGGGGUCCGACUGCUUGCGGUGCUCAGUCGCCAAUUGGACGAGAUGAGGGUCGCACUGGCGGAGGCGGAGGCGCGGGCGGCGGCGGCAAGUGAAGAGGUGGCGGCGCUGCGCAGCGCGGAGGCGCGGGCGGCGGUCACCGCCGCCGCGUACGCGGCAACUGCGGCGGAGUCCGUGGCGGCGCAAGCGGCGGCAGUACGGCAGGCGGAGGCCCUGCGAUCCCUGGAGCGACAGCUGCAGCAGAAACACGCCAUCGAGGUGGAUUUGCUGCGGAAGCAGAUCACCGAGCUGCGCACCCACCACGCCGCCCAGCUAGCCCAACGUGAUGCAGCUCUCCAGGCGGGGCCCCACAUGGCGGACCCCCAAAGUGGGCUGGCGGCGGCGGCGGAGGGGGAUGCCGUGCGGGGUGUGGAGGUACGGCGGGCGGAGGAUCUGCGGUCGCUGCGGCGGGCGCACGAGGCUGAGAUGGCGGAGCUUCGAGGGGGUUACGAGGUCCAGCUCGAGGAGCGCAGUCGGGCCCUUCACCGGGCCCUGGGGCUGGUGGCGGCAUUGCAGGCCCAGGUGCAGGAGCUUCAAGGUCGGAAGGACAGUUCCGGAGCUGCCGACAUCGGUGACGUCGACCCGUCCUGUGGCGACAAGGGACCAGCAGCAGCAGAAGCAGAAGCAGCGGCCGCGGCGCCAUCGACGUCAGAGUCACAGCCUUCGACACAACCGUUUGUGUUGAUGGCAAACAAUGUCGUACCGAGUCCCGGAAUCAGCGCCGCCGGAGGCACCGACACCGGCGUCGGCGGAGACGCUCCUGGCCGUGUGCGUGGCGCUGGGGGCAACUCCGUCACCGCUUCCGCCACCUCCGCCGCCGCUGCCGCCUCUGCCGUCGCCAUCGUAGCUUCAGACCAAGGGCCUAAUCGCAGCCCAUCCCACGGAGUACUAGCAGGAGGAGGUCCUGGCGGGGAUCAGGUGAUGGCCACCGUCGGGGGCCCCCGGGCGGCGGCAGCCUCUACAGCGCCAGACAGCUGCACAGUCGCGGCUGAUGCAGCGGCAGCAGAGGAAGCGGAGGCGGAGGUUGAACGCCUGCUUCAACGGCUGCGGAGGCAGGAGCUCGCGGCGGAGGCGGCGCCGCCGCCGACGGGCAAGGCUCCCGUCCGCAAGCCUGUAACCGGCGGCGGCAGGGCUGGUGGAUUGUUUGGGGGCCUUAUGGGGCUGCUUGGUGGCCUCGGGAUCAAGCCGGUGCUGGUGGAGGUGGCGCCGCCGGCGGCGACUGCGAACGGCACCAGGGAGGGGGACGCGACGGCCACUGUUUCUGUAUCUGCGCGCCAGAUCCCCCGAUCGAUUCCCGUGGACGACGAGGACGACACCAUUGACAACAAUAUCAAUUCUGGGGCUGCCGACAGCUCCUCAGAUAGCAGCUCCUCGCUGGCGGCGGCACUCUACCGGGAAAUGCGGGUGGGCCGUACUCCCAGGCGCACCCGUGCCGACACCCAAGUGCGGCAGGCUGGUGAUGCUCCCAACCCCGGGGGGGUUAACGCCGGACGGCGCGAGGCGGGCCGCGCGGAGGACGGCAGUACGGUGCGGGGCCAGGGUAUCCGUGUUCGCAUGUGGUCAGGGGUUAAACAGGAGGAAACCAUCCUGUAG